UCGGACUAACCCAAAUGUUAGAUUCGCUAUCUCUAACAAGUAUGGGACCUAUCUUGGUCUUGCCCACACUAGUCUUGGAACCUCUUCUUCGGCCUUCCCUACUUUUCCUCUUCUCCUUUAAUUUUUUUCCUCCAUUAAAAUAGUAAAUAAAGAAUACCCCACUUCAAAUAGCAAACAAAACCACCAGCUCUCUUCUUCCAACCCAAUAACAUCUUUUAUAAAAAUAAAAUUAGUAUUUUGAUUAUUUCUUUACUAAUUCACAUAACUUUGGUUUUGAAGAGUGAUAUGGAUGAAGAAAUGUAUGGUUUCCAUUCAACAAGUGAAUACGCGGACAAGGCGUUGAUGUCACCGGAGAAUUUAAUUAUGGAAACUGAGUACAACAUGACUUACCACAACUACAACACCUUGACUACUCCUCCUAUGAUGUUUGGAUCCGAUGAUGUUCAAUUAUCAUCGGAAGCUGCUAAUUCUGAAAAUCAUCAAAUUAGAGGCAGCUGUAGCAGACGCGAUGAUACUGAAGAUGAUGAUGAAGAUGCUUCAAAUAUUAUCAAGGCUAAAAUCGUCUCCCAUCCUUAUUAUCCUAAAUUGCUCCGCGCUUAUAUUGAUUGCCAAAAGGUAGGAGCACCACCAGAGAUAGCUACUGUACUAGAAGAGAUAAGGCAACAAAAUGACUUUCGUAAAGCAAACGCUACUUCCAUAUGCAUAGGAGCUGAUCCUGAACUCGACGAGUUUAUGGAAACGUACUGUGAUAUAUUGGUGAAGUAUAAGUCGGAUCUGUCUAGGCCUUUCGAUGAAGCAACUACGUUCCUCAGCAAGAUUGAAUUGCAACUCAGCAAUCUUUGCAAAGGUUAGUCCAAUACUACGUGUUCUCUUUCUCUUUCACAUGCUGCAACUACAUGUUUUAUUUAUUUAUUUAUUUCGAUGAUGAUGGCGUACUUA